AGCACAGCCUUGCCUAACGUUGCAACUGGAGGAAAAAUCACUUUCCAGCUUCUUUUGCAAGGUGUGCAUUUCCAUCUUGAUUCUCUGAAAGUCCGUCUGCUGCAUCGGUCAAGAGAAACUCCACUUGCAUGAAGAUUGCACGCCUGCAGCUUGCAUCUUUGUUGCAAAACUCGCUACAGAAGAGAAGCAAGGCAAAGUCUUUUGUGCUCCCCUCCCCCAUCAAAGGAAAGGGGAAAAUGUCUCAGUCGAAAGGCAAAAAGCGAAACCCUGGCCUUAAGAUCCCCAAAGAAGCCUUUGAACAGCCUCAGACCAGUUCCACGCCACCCCGGGAUUUAGACUCCAAGGCUUGCAUUUCUAUUGGAAAUCAGAACUUUGAAGUGAAGGCUGAUGACCUGGAGCCUAUAACGGAGCUGGGGCGAGGGGCGUACGGCGUGGUGGAGAAGAUGCGGCAUGUGCCCAGUGGGCAGAUCAUGGCAGUGAAGCGGAUCCGGGCCACGGUAAACAGCCAGGAGCAGAAAAGGCUGCUGAUGGAUUUGGACGUCUCCAUGAGGACGGUGGACUGUCCCUUUACGGUCACCUUUUAUGGCGCACUCUUCCGUGAGGGUGACGUGUGGAUCUGCAUGGAGCUCAUGGACACCUCGCUAGACAAAUUCUACAAGCAAGUCAUUGAUCAGAACCAAACAAUUCCAGAAGACAUCUUAGGGAAAAUAGCAGUUUCUAUUGUUAAGGCGUUAGAACAUCUACAUAGUAAACUCUCUGUCAUUCAUCGAGACGUCAAGCCCUCCAACGUGCUCAUCAAUGCUCUGGGCCAAGUGAAGAUGUGCGACUUCGGAAUCAGCGGCUACCUUGUGGACUCCGUAGCUAAGACGAUCGACGCUGGAUGCAAACCCUACAUGGCCCCUGAAAGGAUAAACCCAGAGCUCAACCAGAAGGGAUACAGCGUGAAAUCCGACAUCUGGAGUCUGGGCAUCACAAUGAGUGGCUGGUGGUUUCAAAUUGCUGACCAUGCGGCUAGCAGCCCCACGCUUAUGCCACUGCUCCACCGGAGCUCCUUGUUACUGCCUCUAAUUGAGUUGGCCAUCCUCCGGUUUCCCUAUGAUUCCUGGGGAACCCCCUUCCAGCAGCUCAAACAGGUGGUAGAAGAGCCAUCGCCACAACUCCCAGCAGACAAGUUUUCUGCAGAAUUUGUUGACUUUACCUCUCAGUGCUUGAAGAAGAAUUCCAAAGAAAGGCCAACGUAUCCUGAGCUUAUGCAACACCCUUUUUUCACCUUACACGAAUCCAAAGCAACAGAUGUGGCAUCUUUUGUAAAACUGAUUCUUGGAGAUUAAAAACAAAGGACUCAUUCAGCCGACCCUCCCGUGGAUUGGUGGUUUGACAGGGCGAAUCAAGGUCACAGACACACCGAUGGAGACCCCCGAGAGAGGAGAUCGCCUAACCCUGCCGCUUGCUCAGAAGGUUCUCCCCUCCCUUCCCCCACCUCCCCCCACCAAGAGGGCCUUGGAAUCUCUAGGAUAGAAUGAACUCUAGAUGGAUGACAUAUGAUAAAGGCUUAGGACUGUAAAAAGGUGAUUAAAUAUUUAAUGACGUGUCAUAAGUCCUUAA